AUGGCUAGGCAGCAGACACAACCACGCAUUCACGUCCAUUACAUCCUUUCUAGUGCUUUCCAUAUUCUCUUUUUCUCAUCGUUACAUCAAUCUUCGUCAGAACAAAACAAUCACAUCAUAUAUGGAUGGCGAAGUGGUAAAAUAGUGAUGGCAUCUAGUCUUGCUGUAGCAGUGACUGAGUUCGAACGCAAAGAUAUUCCCACCUUCGCCAACACUUGUUUGAUGGAUAAACAACUUGUAAAAAAAUUCAAAGAAAUAGGCACAGAUGAACGGAAGAAACUGCUGGAAGUCUUGAAAGAAUCAGCAAACAGUGAACCAAGCAAGAAGAUUGAAUGGAUAUACAAGGAGCACAACGUUGACAAUGAAGAAUAUUUACUGGGACGACGUAUCGAUAAGGCAAUCACUCACGAACUUGAAGCACCUCAGUCUGAAAAUGCACCCGGUGCGCUGUUCAACGAAAUCAUCGCUCGACGAUCACAGCAGGAUAUGCAGCUGAAAAUGAAGGAAGACCCUUUAUAUAUCAUUAGAUUAAAAGAAGAAGAAGCCAAGAAGAGGAUCCUGGAGAAUCCACUAAAAAUGAAAAAACUUCAAGCCAUGAUAAACACAAAAUCCACUGAAAAAGAAGUGAAGAAAAAAGUGAAGAAGAAGAAGAAGAAGAGGAAAAGAGGAGGCAGUUCCGAAAGUUCAUCUGAAGGUGAAGAGUUGCUGGCCAGGUACAUGGCUGUACUGCGACAGAAGAAGAUGACUGUGACAAGCAAGCGGCAUUGUAAACGAAAUGACGAUGAUGGUUGUAGUGAAGGUGAUGAUGCUGCUAGAUAUGCAGGCGACAGAGCUGCUGCAAUGAACAAAAAGAAACGUAAAAGUUGUGAUGAUGAUGGUGAUGAGGAUGAUGAGGUUAGCCACAAAAGGAAAAAACAUAAAGGGAAACAGCAUGAAAAACUGACCAAACUUAAAAAACAUUAUGACAGUGGUGACAGAAAUAAAAAGCACAAGAAGAAGAGACAUAGGGACGAUCACGAUGAUGAUGAUGACAGUGACGUUGAUACUGAUGAAGAGGCGAGGAGGAAACAAAAGGAAAGAAACAACAGAUUCGGUCUUGAAGUAAAAUUAGACAACAUAGACAGUAGGACAACAUCAAAUAAAGUAGAUUACAGCAUUAUCGACCUGAAAAAGAAAGGCAUCCCACCGCCCGUCAGGAACAAAGUUAAAAGGAAAAUGACAGAAGAAGAGAAGGAAGAAAUGAGAAAGCAGAUGAUGUUGAAUGCAAAGGAGAGAGAUGAAGAGAGAGUAUCAAAUGUGAAGAGGUAUAGAGAAGAAGACAGCAAAGAAGACGCCAACGAUGUUGAAGACGACGACAAUAAGGACGGACUUAAGAAAAAAAGAUUCAUCGAACCGUUGAUGAUGAUGAUGGCGAGUACGGGGUCAGUGGAGAACAGCAUCAAGAGGAACAUGCACACCGUUCAGAGGUCCCACGGCGAUUAUCACUCCAGCUUUCUUAAGAGGUCGUGACGCCGAUUCCAUUCAGUGUAAAUAUUGAGUAACAAACGGAUUAUGUAUUCUAAGCUGUGCAUCAACACACAAUUUCAUUCUGACCAAUUACUGUUUAAAAUUCAUAUAUUAUUUAUAUAUAUAAUUUUCGAAGCCUGACCAAAUACAUAUUAAAGUUGCAUCAAUAUUUAUACCUGACGUUGUUAAUUGUAUAUUUAAUAAUGUUUAUUAGCACUAUUGUUUCCACGUUAUUGUAACAUUUUCACCUUCGGUCGGAGUGAUGACAAAAAAAUAGUUAUGAGAAGUGUUUUUGAAACCAACUGCUUCUAUUACUAACUUGUAAUUUAUGAAUUUAUUUUUAUUUUAUCUCGUCAUACAAUUUUGUGCCAAUCAA